AUGCGCGCAAAUUUUAAAAAUUUAUCAUUGAAAUCAAACGAUACUACUUAUUUUAAAUGUAAUCAAAUGAAUCCAUAUAAUCAUAGUAAUCAUAUUUUAAAAAAUCCUUUCAUUCAUAAUCUUACUGAUUGUUAUAUAGAAGCAACUAAAAAGAAACAUAAUUUAUUAUUAUAUAAAACUAUACAAAUAUUAAUGAUAACAAUAUUAUUUAAUUAUUCAUUAGUUUACAUGAAUAAAAAUCUUUGUAUAGAUGCUAUGCAUCUACAUCAUACUAUUCUAUCACCAUUAUCGGAAAGAUCAAUAAAUUCAGAGACAAUGUUCGAAUCAGAUUCAUCUACUAUACCUACAUAUUUUAUUAAUUCACCUGUAGUGAAAUUACUUAAAACACCAAAAAGUAAACAACAAACAUAUUUAGAUAAUGGAUUACAAUUAGAAAAUAAAGUUAUGCAAAGAAUAUCAUCAAUAUUUCAAGAUAAAAAAGCUAUACAAGAUUUAUUAAGAGAAAUGAAUGCAUAUUAUUUAACUUAUGGAAGACCAAGGUAUCUAUAUCUUCAAGAACGCGAUGAAGAUGUGUCAAUAAUUGACAAAGAAUCACUUUAUAAAAAGUUUUUCAAGCAUGUAGUAUUAUUUAAAUCCUACUCAUCAUAUAAUCUCAUAUGA